CGGUCCAUUUGAGUCUCGCAGUCGUGAAACGAACUUGAUUGGUUAUAUACCCUCGCCGGCUGUAUACCGAUCACCAUCGCUGAGGGCGGCCACCGAGUCCACGGCCAAGUCCACCUGGGCGUUGGAUGCUCUCUCCCCCCGCUCGGAGGAGACGGAAGGAUAUAAAAUCUCUAACCCUAGAUUUCGAUUGUUUUCUCGCGAAGAAACCUCGAUGAGAUCUAUCUUGCAUCGAAGCUAGGAUCGGAUUUCUCCACGCGAGAGUCGAAGCUUUUCUUUCCAAGAAUCAUCCGGCCAUGGAGCUCCGUCGCCGAUCUACGGUUUCCGUGGCGUUCUUGAUCUCUCUCCUCCUCGUCCUGAGCUUCGCCGGAGACUUGUGUUUCGCCGAGAACCGUCGGCCGAAGAACGUCCAGGUCUCGCUCCGGGCUAAGUGGGCCGGUACUUCGUUGCUGUUGGAAGCCGGAGAAUUGCUCUCUAAAGAAUGGAAAAACCUGUAUUGGGAGUUUAUUGAUCUCUGGCUAGAACCAGAUAAAGGCUCAGAUUGUUUGACAGCCAAAUGCUGCAUUCACAAAAUCGUCCAUGAUGGGCGCUCACUUCUAAGUGAACCCUUGGGAUCAGUUUUUGAAUUUUCUCUUAUGCUUCGGUCAGCAUCUCCUAGACUAGUGCUCUAUCGGCAGUUGGCGGAGGAUUCUUUAUCUUCUUAUCCUUUUGAUGGUGAAACUGACUCAGAACAUGUUAUGGGAGACUUGUCAGAGCCAAUUUCAAGAGUCAAGGUAGAGCCUUUUCUCACAAGCAGAAACCUGAGAAGCCCUGGAGGAAGUUGUUGCUGGGUAGAUACUGGUAGUGCACUACUGUUCAAUGUUACCGAACUUCUUUCAUGGCUUGAGACUUCAACGAAACUAGAUGUGGGAUCUGCUGAGAAGCCUGAACUUUUUGAUUUUGAUCACAUAUAUUUUGGUUCAAGUAUUGCCACUCCAGUUGCUAUUCUAUAUGGAGCUCUUGGAACAGAAUGCUUUAAAGAGUUUCAUGUUACCUUGGUGGAAGCAUCAAAAAAGGGAAAACUUAAAUACGUAGUGAGACCUGUAUUGCCAUCUGGAUGUCAAGCAGCAAGCAGCUAUUGUAGUGCUGUUGGUUCUUCAGAUUUAGUAAAUUUGGGUGGGUAUGGUGUGGAACUUGCUUUGAAGAACAUGGAGUACAAGGCUAUGGAUGAUAGUGCAGUAAAGAAAGGUGUUACUCUAGAAGAUCCAAGGACUGAGGAUCUCAGUCAAGAAGUCAGAGGAUUUAUAUUUUCCAAAAUCUUGGAACGCAAGCCAGAGAUGACUGCUGAGGUAAUGGCUUUCAGGGAUUAUUUAUUAUCAUCAACAAUAUCGGACACACUGGAAGUUUGGGAAUUGAAGGAUUUAGGACAUCAAACAGCACAAAGGAUAGUGCAUGCAUCAGACCCUCUACAGUCAAUGCAAGAAAUCAAUCAAAAUUUUCCUAGUAUAGUUUCUUCAUUAUCUCGCAUGAAGCUUAAUGAUUCUGUUAAGGAUGAAAUACUUGUGAAUCAGCGAAUGGUUCCUGCUGGCAAGUCUUUAAUGGCUUUGAAUGGUGCCUUAAUCAAUAUUGAAGAUAUUGAUCUUUACCUGUUAAUGGAUCUGGUUAGUAAAGAGUUAUCAUUGGCCGAUCAAUUUUCAGAACUUAAGCUUCCUCAAAAUGCCAUUAGGAAGCUGUUGACAGCACCACCACCUUUGGAAAGUAAUGUCUUUCGUGUUGACUUCCGUUCUGCUCAUGUUCAUUAUCUGAAUGACCUGGAGAACGAUGUCAUGUACAGACGAUGGCGAAGCAACAUCAAUGAGAUAUUAAUGCCGGUCUUCCCUGGUCAGCUUCGCUACAUACGUAAAAAUUUGUUUUAUGCUGUUUAUGUACUUGACCCUGCUACAGAUUGUGGAGCCGAGACCAUCGACAUGAUUCUCUCUCUGUAUCAGAAUAGUGUCCCAAUGAGAUUUGGGGUGAUACUAUAUUCUUCAAAAGUUAUUAAGAGUAUCAAAGAGAAGGACAGCAAUCUUCCCAUGUCUUCAGUAAACAAUGACACAAAAAAUGGGGAAGAUAUUUCAAGUUUGAUUAUACGACUUUUCCUUUACAUUGAGGAGAACCAUAGCCCUCAAUUGGCCUUCCAGUUUCUCAGCAAUGUAAGGAGUGGUGCAGAUGAUCUUAAUGAAGAGGCCCUUGAGGCACAUCAUGUUGAAGGGGCAUUUGUUGAUUCUAUAUUAUCUAAGUCUAAAUCUCCUCCUCAAGAUGUGUUAUUAAAACUUGAAAAAGAAUCAAAAUUUAAAGAGGCGGCUCGGGAAAGCUCUAUUUUUGUUUUUAAAUUAGGGCUAUCGAACCUUCGGUGCUGUCUAUUAAUGAAUGGCCUUGUUUAUGAAUCAAGUGAGGAAGCCACUAUAAAUGCCAUGAACGAAGAGCUCCCCAGAAUUCAAGAACAAGUAUAUUAUGGGCAUAUUCACUCAAAUACAGAUGUGUUAGAUAAAUUUCUUUCAGAGAGUGGUUAUCACCGCUAUAACCCACAGAUUAUUGGCAAUGGAAAGGGAAAGAAAAAGUUUACCUCACUGUUCACAUUAUAUCUAGGAACGGAAUCCAUACUUCAUGAUAUUAGCUACUUGCAUUCUAGAGGAAGUGUAGAUGAUCUAAAGCCAGUGACUCAUCUUCUUGCUGUUAACGCUUCUUCAAGGACAGGAAUAAAAUUGCUGCGUGAAGGAAUACAUUACCUGAUGGAAGGAUCUAAAAGAGCCCGUGUUGGUAUACUGUUUUAUACUAGUGGUGGGGUUUCUUCACCUCCUUUACUUUUAGCAAAGAUUUUUGAAAGAACUGCAUCUUCAUUCAGUAACAAGGAGAGAGUCUUGGACUUCUUGGAUGAACUUUGCUCACUCUAUGAAAGCCAAUAUAUGACUUCAUCUUUGUUGGAUUCUGAAAGCUUACACACAUUUACUGAGCAAGUUUGCAAACUAGCCAGGGCAAAUGACUUGCCAUCUGAUGAUUAUAGAACGUUGCUUUCAAGCUUUUCUGUGGAUAUGAUUAACAAACAAAUGGAUAAGGUUGCAAAUUUUCUGUACAGACAACUUGGACAUGACUUUGGUUCCAAUGCUGUUGUUACCAAUGGAAGGGUAUUUAUCUUGAAUAAUGAGAACCCUUUUCUAAGUGACGAUUUAAGUCUUUUGGAGUCUUUGGAGUAUGAAUUAAGAAUUAAACAUAUUUUAGAAAUUAUUGAAGGAGUGGAGUGGCAAGAUGUGGACCCUGAUGAUCUAACAAGCAAAUUUUAUAGUGAUGUCAUAAUGCUGGUUACUUCUUCAUUGUCUACCCGUGAAAGGAGUUCUGAUCGAGCCCAUUUUGAAAUUUUGAAUGCAAAAUACAGUGCUGUUAUUCUGAAUAAUCAGAAUUCAAGUAUACAUAUUGAUGCUGUAGUCGAUCCACUAAGUCCCUUAGGGCAAAAGCUUGCUCCACUCCUUCGUAUACUCUGGAAAUGCAUUCAGCCAAGCAUGAGAAUUGUACUUAACCCAAUUAGUUCUCUUGCGGAUCUCCCUUUGAAAAACUACUAUAGAUUUGUGGUCCCUACAAUGGAUGACUUUAGCACUUCUGAUUAUUCUGUGAAUGGCCCUAAAGCAUUUUUUUCAAAUAUGCCGUUGUCAAAAACCCUCACUAUGAACCUUGAUGUCCCUGAGCCAUGGCUUGUUGAGCCAGUUGUUGCCAUCCAUGACUUGGACAACAUUCUGCUAGAGAACUUGGGUGAUGUAAAGACUUUGCAAGCUGUGUUUGAACUUGAAGCACUUCUCUUGACAGGUCAUUGUUCUGAAAAGAAUCAUGAUCCACCUCGAGGACUUCAGUUGAUCCUUGGUUCCAAGCAAAUUCCUCACUUGGUUGAUACACUUGUUAUGGCUAAUUUGGGUUACUGGCAAAUGAAAGUUUCUCCUGGGGUAUGGUACCUACAGCUUGCUCCUGGUCGAAGUGCAGAUCUUUAUGUACUGAAAGAAAGCGAAGACAGAAGUCCGUUCCACCCAUCUUCCAAACUCAUAACAAUAAAUGAUUUGAGGGGUAAACUUGUCCACUUAGAAGUAGCAAAGAAAAGGGGAAAGGAACAUGAAGAAUUACUGAAUGCUUCUGACGAUAGCCAACUGCAGGAAAAGAAGAAAGGAAAUCAAAAUAUUUGGAAUGCAAAUAUAUUGAAAUGGGCAAGUGGAUUGAUCAGUGGUAAUGAGCUGUCAAGAAAGGAAGAUAAGUCUACACUGGACCAUGAGAAGGGUGGAAGACAUGGAGAAACAAUAAACAUAUUUUCAAUUGCUUCCGGACACUUGUAUGAGCGCUUCCUCAAAAUCAUGAUACUGAGUGUUCUUAAGAACACUCAGAGGCCCGUAAAAUUUUGGUUCAUAAAAAACUAUCUUUCACCUCAGUUUAAAGAUGUUAUACCUUGCAUGGCACAAGAAUAUGGAUUCGAGUAUGAGCUCAUCACCUACAAGUGGCCUACAUGGUUGCACAAGCAGAAAGAGAAGCAGCGGAUCAUCUGGGCUUAUAAAAUCUUAUUUCUUGAUGUUAUUUUCCCACUCUCCCUUAAAAAGGUUAUUUUCGUUGAUGCAGAUCAAGUUGUACGGGCAGACAUGGGAGAACUUUAUGAUAUGGAUCUAAAAGGAAGGCCUCUUGCAUACACACCUUUUUGUGAUAAUAAUAAGGAGAUGGAUGGCUAUCGAUUUUGGAGACAAGGAUUCUGGAAGGACCAUUUACGAGGGAAACCAUAUCAUAUAAGUGCGUUGUACGUUGUUGAUUUGGCGAAAUUUCGGCAAACCGCAGCUGGCGAUACACUAAGAGUGUUUUAUGAGACUCUUAGCAAGGACCCAAAUAGUCUUUCCAAUCUUGAUCAGGAUCUUCCAAACUAUGCUCAACAUACAGUACCUAUAUUCUCUCUUCCCCAAGAAUGGCUCUGGUGUGAAUCAUGGUGUGGGAAUGUGACAAAGUCAAAGGCAAAAACUAUCGAUCUCUGUAACAAUCCCAUGACCAAGGAGCCCAAACUUCAGGGUGCCAGAAGAAUAGUACCUGAGUGGGUUGAUCUUGAUGCUGAGGCAAGAAAGGUGACUGCAAGAAUCUUAGGGGAGGAGAUUGAAUUGAAAGAAUCAUCCCCUUCCACAUUACCACAGCCUGCCAGUUCAAACAGUAAAGGUCAGGAAGAAGAUACAGAAUCUCGGUCAGAAUUGUAACUGUUGCUGUUCUUGUCCAAGUUUUAUAGUCUUGGUUGAAAUUCCACCCCUUAGCACCUCCAGAUCAAAAUAACUCGGUGCGUCAGCUGGCUAAGGAGCCACACUGCAGGUAUGUUCAGUAGCCCCUGGGUGCAGGACACAUUCCUUUGGCAGAAUGUUCUCAUCUUCAUCUUGUUCACUUGUGAAGUAGCUGUAUAAGAAUAUUGUAUGAGGUUUAUCAAGAAAUUUUGAUUUGUUACAUGAAGUUGACAUCCCCAGAUUAAGGAAAAACGGGAAGAAAUUAUUUAGUGCAAGAAAUACCGGUAGAGCCAAGUUGUUGACAGAGUUAAUUUGAGUACAAUGAUAAAUAUAUCAUUUUAGUUUUAGGUAAA